UUCCCACCCCUCCACUUUUUCUAGCCGCCACUCACUUCUUCCUCCUCUCCCACGCACGCACUCUCUCCUGUCUCCUCCCUCACGGCGGCAACAGCCACCAGGAAGCUCCUCCACACCAUGGUUGUGGGCUCCCAUGGCGAGCAGCUUUCCAGCCCAUGGCGCGACGCCGCUGCUCCCUCUUUCUCCCCAUCUCGCUGUGCUCUCUUGGCCGCCAGCAGAAGCUUCCAUGGCCGAGCUCCAUUCCAGCAGGGACGCCCAGGUCCCGACGGCCCCUGCGCAGCUCCUCCUCGUGGCCAUAAUGGUGCUCGACGCCUCUCCCCUUCAAGCGCAGCAGCUCCAUUCCUCCAUGGCCGAGCUCCCUCCACGGCGCCAUUUCUCCAGGCCGGCUCCUCAUCCCCUCCCGCUUUCUUCUUCCUCUGCCCAGCGCUCCCUCUUCUCCCCGGCAUUCAGAGCAGGGAGCUCGACGCCCCUGUGCAGCCCCCACACCUUCUUCCUUCCAUGGCCGCCAGCCCCUGCUCCUCUUCACCGAGCCGAGCUCGUCGUCCCUGCCACUACCUCGCUCCCUCGUCGCGCAGCGAGCUCCAUCGCCGACCUGCGCAGCAAGCUGCGCGCUGCAGCAGCAGCCAUGAGAUCCUAUCCGUGUCGCCAGCGUCGACCCGAUCUGUGCAGCGGUGCCGGUCCACCGCAGCAGCCCCAUGCUGCGCCGUUGAUCUGCGCGGUUCGGCUGUCUCCGCGUCUCGCUUCGCCGAAUCUGCGCAGUGCCGACGUGCCAUCGUGGGAACCCGUGCCCUUGUCGACGUCACGCCUUGCGCAUCGCUCGUCGGCAAAGAGCCCAAACUAAUGGCAUGCAUGCGCGGCACGAGUCGGCCAGGACCGAGAGAUGAUGAUCGAGCUAGUGAUGUGGUGCCAACCACAAGAUGCAGUCGGUGGACGACCCAAGGAAGGAUGGACUUAACCAGUGGAUGCUCGCCGCGCGAGUACCCUCCACCAGCAAACACUAUCUAAGUGUUAAAUUAAAG